CAGGCUCAGUGAAGACGCCCUUAGCAACAACAUACAGCCGCGUCGAAUAAGAUACUCGCAGCACACAAGAGGGAUUUAACAGUGCAGCUUUACUGCGCUGACUCCAGGUGAAGCCUUUGUGCGAAGGGGAUCUUCCGGUUGGUUCAGCGGCCAGCAUGGGGCUUGAGUCCAGCUAGCGAGCUAGCCGGUGUUGGCUAGCCAUCCCAGAAGACGAGCGAAGCAGCCCCGAGCUGUCCCGAAGGAGGACAGGUCCUGGGGGUGUCGACGAGUGGUAGCAUCGCUGUUUUGCUAACCAGGAAUAAGCACGGGAAUGGUGCUCUGGACUGACUCAUUGUACCGUCAGAGAAAGGCGAGGGGCACCCGGGUCAGACCACCAAGCUGCAGCAUUUGGACUCAAACUAUUUUUAACAGAGGGAGCGGCUCUACGGCGGACGACUGUUUUUGUGGCUGCGCGAGCUAGCUGGCUAGCUAGCGGAGGGAGACGACCCCCACCGCCUGUUCAGGUUUUUCAAACUGCAGCCAGGGCUAAUGUUGGCCACGGCGACACACUGAAUACACAACUCUGGGAUUUCAAUCAAACGGGGAUAAAUUACUGUCAUAGCCAAAACAAAGGUAACAAACCCAGAGGAGAAAAAAAACUUGAGUUAGUUCAGUCGAAACUCCAGAGUGCUUGGACUCACUAGCAAACAAAGUUUUCAAUGCUACUAGCUCAGUGUACUACCUGAUACCAGUUUGAUAUUUUGUUUUUCCACUUUUUUACUCGGGAUUUUUUCAACUUCGGAUGCUGGCAUCGCAUAUUAAUUGCAAUCAUGAUGAUUAUGAGCCGAAAACCAGAGGGCCCAAUAGCAACAGAAGACAGUCCAGGAAGCGCCGUGUUUUUUUCACACCCUUCUCCACGACAUGGUGAUGGUCUGUAUGAUUCGUACAUGAGGACAGACCACAUCCUUAAAGACGAGGCAGAUACAAACAGUCCGUCUGGGCUGCCCCCAGUGCCCAAACACACAGUUGUCAGUAACAAGGCUGUAAUGAGGGAUCAGGUGGCUGUGCGAGGUGGCCAGCUGAAAGUCAAGUACCUGUAUGAAGACUCAACUAACAACCGAAAGAUCAAUGCCAUAACCACAGCAUCCACUCAGAAUAGUGGGACCACUGGCCAGACGCCCAGUAAAUCUGCCCCAGUCUCCAGCAUGUCCAAGGAGCACAGUGUUGACAGCACUGAAUCCAGUAAGGGCUCCAGUGAAUCCUCCGGCCCACAUGGAGCUGGGAAUGGUGGAAACGGCGGCAAGCUAUGCGGCCCACUCACUCCUGACCAGGCCCUGAGACUGUACCGAUCUCAGCUUACAACCCUGGAGCAGACGGAGAUUCACUCCUACCCAGACAUCUACUUUGUGGGACCCAGUGCCAAGAAGAGGCCUGCCAUUGCUGGAGGUGUAAACAACUGUGGCUACGAUGAUGAGCAGGGUGGUUACAUUCAUGUCCCCCAUGACCACCUCGCUUACCGCUACGAGUUCCUCAAGAUUAUUGGUAAGGGUAGCUUUGGCCAGGUGGCUAAGGUAUAUGACCACAAACUGCAGCAACACCUGGCCCUGAAAAUGGUGCGUAAUGAGAAGCGUUUCCACCGGCAGGCGCAGGAAGAAAUCCGCAUCCUGGAGCACCUGCGGAAGCAGGAUCGCAAUGGCACCAUGAAUGUCGUGCACAUGCUCGAAAACUUCACCUUCCGCAACCACAUCUGUAUGACCUUUGAGCUGCUGAGCAUGAACUUGUAUGAGCUUAUCAAACGCAACAAGUUCCAGGGCUUCAGUCUGCCUCUGGUCAGGAAGUUUGCACACUCCAUCCUGCAGUGCCUGGAGGCCCUUAGCAGACACAGAAUCAUCCACUGUGACCUCAAGCCAGAGAACAUCCUGCUCAAACAGCAGGGGCGCAGCGGGAUCAAGGUGAUUGACUUUGGCUCCAGUUGUUUUGAACACCAGCGGGUGUACACCUACAUCCAGUCUCGUUUCUAUCGAGCUCCAGAGGUGAUUCUUGGUUCACGGUACGGCCUUCCUAUCGAUAUGUGGAGCUUCGGCUGCAUAUUGGCCGAGCUGCUGACUGGGUACCCCUUGUUCCCCGGUGAAGACGAGGGUGACCAACUGGCUUGUGUCAUGGAGCUGCUGGGCAUGCCUCCGCAGAAGGUCUUAGAGCAAGCCAAAAGAGCAAAGAACUUCAUCAACUCCAAAGGUCACCCUCGCUACUGUGGAGCCAACACCCUGCCCACCGGGGCCACUGUGCUGACGGGGUCUCGCUCUCGCAGAGGCAAGAUGAGAGGCCCUCCAGGUAGCAAGGAGUGGAGUGCUGCACUUAAGGGCUGUGAAGACCCCACCUUUACUGACUUCAUAAAGAAGUGUUUGGACUGGGACCCCUCAUCUCGCCUCACCCCUAGCCAAGCUCUCAGACACCCUUGGCUGUAUCGCAGGCUUCCCAAACCCCUGCCUGGGACCGAGAAGAGCCAAGGGGCUCCUGUGAAACGACUCCCAGAGCACCACAGCACCUCCUUUCCUUCUAUCCUGGCCAAAGGGGGGCCUGGCUUAGGCACCACAGCUGCCAACAACAAACUGAGGAGCAACAUGAUGGGAGAUUCAGGGGAAGCCAUACCUCUUCGCACGGUCCUACCCAAACUUGUCUCUUAGAGAGAGAGUCCUCUAAUCUCCUCUCUUGCUCCACUUUCUCCUCUUCUGCACUCCUCAGGAGGAGUCAGAGUGCUGGAAAAAGUAGAGCCUAGGUUUUAAAACUUGUUUGGUUGUUCUUUUAUUUGUUUUCUACUGAGAGGUGUCGACACCCCAGUUCCUGGUUUUUAUUAUUAGCUGAACAGAGAGGAAGAGGUAAUAAAAGAAACACUCUAAAAACAUUUUUAUACAGAGGAUUUCCUUGAGUGGCUGUGGAUUUUCUUUAUACAGCCAGUUGAUAUGGUUUGAUUUAGAUAAUGCUUUUUAAAAACUUCCUUGUGUGAGUGGACAGCUUCAUGAAGAAGAAAAUGUUUUUAACCUGUGUGUGAUCUCACAUGAGUGUUGGGUUUUAGUAAAACACACUCAAACACACCUGCACUGUCACUUGCCUCACUUCACACUCUUAACACUUGUAGGACGCCACCCUUUCUGGGGAAGUGUUUGUAUAAGUGAAACUUGAAAAGGGCUACAGAGAUUACUCUUAUCAGGUUAGAGUUAGAUCGAAAAGAUUUGUGCAGCCGACAUAAUUUAAUAGAAUUAAAAAAAUUGGGCUCGAGUAUUUGGGUCUUUCAAACACUGACAGUCAUCCUUCAUAUCUACAACAGAAUGCCUUUUUACAGGUAAUACAGGAUUGGCUUUAUGUAGUGAACAAUUAGGAAAACAUUUUUAGCAAUAAGCCUUCACUUCCUCAGUCUUUCUUAGUGCGCUCUUUUUUCCCUGCCUCUCCUGAUCCCUGGUGCUCGCAUGUCAGCUCAGUAUGUGACGUUAAUAUGUGUGUACUUUAACUUCGUGGUGCUACUGCAGGAGACAUCAAGAGGGCACAGGACAACCUAUUUACAGCCCCUCCUUCCCCCUCCUAGUUUCACCAUACGAGUGAAAAAAGAGGGAGAAGGGAGGACAGUAGCAUCACUCAAACUCUGUCACAAAGGUGUCACCGUUACACACGGUACUUCACAACUGGGUUGCGAGAGACUAUGCCAGACCGGCUCACACAAGCCGACAUAUAUAUAAAUAUAUAUAUAGAGAGAGAUAAAGAUGGAGAGCUGCAAGUCAUUGCACAUAAACACCAAUGGGGUGAUUGUCAGGAAAGUUGUCGUUGGAAAGUUAAAGUUUGGAUGAACGUCACCUGCCUUUGCCUGUAAUAGGCGACUGUGAUUGCUGGCGGUGGUAAUUCUAAUGAAAGAACAGUGAAAAACCCGAAAGAUUAUGGGAUAAUAUGAAGGACAGUAAGUUUAAUAUGAGCCAAGAUCUUUUUUUUUUUCCUUUUUGGGGAGGUGUAGAAGAUGGGCCAGUGACAAAGGAGAGUUUUUAUGGUACUGAAGAAAGAAAUGUUUCUCAGGGAGACAUACUUGACACAUCCCUUAAUCUUACAUUUACUGUGUUCCACUUACAGUCAUUUGUCCCAUCUAUGGAUGAACAUGCAUGCGGUUCUGUCCACUGAGAGCGAGAGAUUGCAUUUACGAGUGUGUCUGCACAGGGGGUCUGCAUGCUCCACAAUCUGACCUAGAUUCUCUCUCCUCCCCCACUAUCUCUUUUUUUCUCACCCUGUCUCAUGUAGGCCAGGGAACCUCUUAAACUCACACAUAUAUAGUGAAUUAUGGUGCUGUCCGAAACACACAGAAACGCGUCAGGUGCAUGUUGGUAUGGACCACACCGCUCGAAGAGUUCUUUCUCUUGUCCCUCAUUUUCUAAAUGAAACUGUCAGGGAUUUGUACUCUGUCUCCAUUUUUUUUAUAGAAGUGGUUUCUAUUGCUUUUCGCUCCAGAAUAUCAGAGGAGGUAAAAUGCAAAAGCAGAAAAAGAGGAAGUCGUAUACUGUCAUGUUGUACUAGUGGUGUGAGUUAGUAGGAGGGUGUUUGGUGUUCAGCAUGAAAUCACAGCCUGUUAUCAGACCGAGUGACUAUGAGAAGAGAAACUGUACAGUAACCAAAUGAUGUUGUGAUAGUUUCUUUUUCUAAAAAAAAAUAAAAAUGACUAUCAAGUGAAA